AUGCCGCCUUUCAAGGAUGAGCAUAUACUGAUAAUUGCGCCAGGUUCGCAAACGACCCUGGCGCAGUUGGGUCUGCCUGAGUCGUUCACCCCUGCUCGCUUUCGCUUUCCUACGCGCAUGUUUCCUGCUGAGAAAAAGGGACAAUUUGAACCGUAUAAAGUACGCGAAAAGCGGGUGGAGGCGAAGUCCGCCAAUGGCGCUGUCCCCAAGGAGGAUGUCGAAAUGAAAGAUGCCGAGCCUGCGCAACAGGAUAACGCAGAGGGUACGACGAACACCGGAGACGGAAAGACAACAGAGGCAGCGGACGGUUCUAAUGAGGCUGAAGGCACUGAAGGUGGACAAGGCACGGAAGAACCAAAGGAGGAAAUCAUCUACGAGGAGGACAUCACAUCAGACGAGGGUGCAGUGUAUCCGCUGCAGAAUGGUCGCAUCGUCGACUGGCCUUGCUUUUUCUCUCUCUUAACCCACAUCUACAACUCUCUCAGUCCUCCAUUUCACACACCCAUUAUGUUUAUAUCCGAGCCCGCCUGGUCGGCCCGGGAUCGCGAGAUCAUAACGCAGUUCGUCUUCGAAAAGUUCAAGACUCCUGCCUUCUGCAUGAUGGACUCUGCGCUGGCCGUGUGCUACGCAUACGGAACAGCAACAGCUACUGUGGUAGAUGUCGGUCAUGGAAAAGCGGAUAUCACUGCCGUCACUGAUUUCUUGGUCAACGAACAUGGCCGAGGGAUUGCGGUUGAAGGCUGUGGUGGAGAGGCCAUGACAGAUCGCCUCGUGGAGCUUCUAGGCCCGAAGGGCUUCACCAGGGAGAUGUGUGAGCAGUUAAAGAGAAGCAAUAUUACAGAAAUUCUACCCCCUGGGACACCAUUACCGGGCACCGCGACCACCGCCAUGCAAGGUGGCAAUCCCGCUGCCGCGGCCUCCACUGGCGCUGGCGACGGCGGUGCACCGAAUAUUACUGUUCCUCGAGGACCUGGAAGUGGCACGCAGACAGGGGCCGAAGGCGGAGAGGGCGGAGAGGUUGAGGAUGACGAAGGUGUGCUGAAUGUGGCUGCGAUCGUCAGCGGCAACACGAGCGAGUACCUCGCAAAGAGAGAAAGAGAAAAGCAAGAAAAGGCCGCUGCGAAGAAAGCAGCUGCAGGAGAAGCCAAUAAGCCACUUCGACUCCCCAACUCAAAGAAAGAGAAGGCAUCGUUCCAGUUCCAAGAGUAUGUGAGAAUCGAGCCAGAGGAACCUACCGGUCCUACUCGUUACAUUCGCCAAAAGCGUGAUAUUGAAGUUGGCGUUGAGCGUUUCCUGCUAGCAACUCCUCCUGAGAAGACAUCUGAUCGUUUGAGCAACGGUAUCCUCGAAGACAUUGCCGCUCAAAUUCAUCAUACCAUCCUAUCUGUACCGGAUGCAACGAAACGCAGUGAGUUAUGGGACUCGCUGAUCGUGCUUGGAAACGGUAGCAAGAUCAAAGGUUUUACCCAAGCUCUAGUGGCCACGAUAAAUCAGAAGUACAUACUUUCUCCGUCCGCCACCAUAUUCACAUCCGAAAUCCCCUCCAGUUUCUCUACUCCUCUUCCCACUGGUGGCACAAACACUCCCGCUCAGGCUGGUCAGCCGGGUCCUCUUCAUCAUCCAGGAGGCCAUGGUGUCAAUCCCCUCCUUGUUGCUGCAACUCACGGCAACGCUCCCGGAAACCCCAACAUGGGCAGUGCAACACCUGGAGCUGGAGAUCCCAACGCUCCCCUCCACCAUCGUUCCACAGGCCACUCCCAGACGCCGACAUCUGUCAGGACGCUCAAAGCCCCAGAAUACUUCCCCGAAUGGAAGGACCAAGGUGGGAACAGCAAUGCGCCCGGCGCUACAGGUGCCGGAGGCAGCAACACCGCAGGCCCCAGUGCCCCUGGUGGUCCAGGAGCACCAGGAACAACCUACACUGGCCAUGGAUUCGAAGAGGCAACCUUCCUCGGUGCCCAAGUGGCCGCUAAGGUCAUCUUCGUGGUUGACCAGGGUCUCAGCAAGGGCUUUUUGAGCAGAGUCGAGUACAACGAAAACGGCCCCACAGCCAUACACGAAUUUUGUAUGAAGUCACGUGAUCCGCCACAUACGACCACAAUGCCGCGGGCAGAAGCUGGAUCGACCAAAGCGAUCAGCAACAAGAUCAAAUCGAAAGGUCUAACACGUUUACGAUGGUACUGCCAAGUCUGCGAAAGGGCUAUGAGAGAUGAGAAUGGAUUCAAAUGCCAUGUGCAGAGCGAGAGUCAUGUGCGACAGAUGCUUCUGAUCGGUGAAGAUCCCAAGAAGUACAUCGACGACUAUAGUCAGCAAUUUGUGCGCGAUUUCAUCAAUCUUCUGAAGACAACCCAUGGCGAGAAGAAGAUUCAUAUCAAUCAGUUUUACCAGCAGGUUAUUGCUGAUAAGAACCAUAUCCACAUGAACGCCACGAAAUGGUCCAGUCUGACACAAUUCGCCGCAUACCUUGGACGAGAAGGCAUUUGCCGCGUGGAGGAAACGGAGAAGGGUCUUUUUAUUUCUUGGAUUGACAACAGUCCGGAGACGCUCAAACGCAGAGAGGCUUUGCUUCGAAAAGAGCGACAAGACAAGGGCGACGAGGAAAGAGAGCAGAAACAGAUCCUGGAGCAAGUGGCACGGGCGCAGCGUAAGCUGGACAGUAACCGUUCACCUUCGCCUGAGGCCAAGCUGUUGCAACGAAAUGAGGGAGAGAAGGUGAAACUAUCGCUUGGCUUUGGUCAGAAGGAGCCAGCAGGAAAGAAGUCUGAAUCUCCUCGGGACGAGCUUCCUCCUGCGGAAGGAAGUGAGAAAUCGACUACCCCUCCGCAGACGACCAGUCCUCAGGCUGCAUCGACAGAGGCUCAGGAUGCUCCUAAACCUGCGGUGAAGUUGUCUAUGUCGAUGGGAGAUAAGAAGCCAAAGAACGUCUUCGCUGCAGCCGCCAAGAAGAACCCCCUUUCGGGCAAGAAAGGACCUCUGAUUGAACAGCCCAAGAAGAUGACCGAGCAGGAACGGAUCAUGAAGGAAGAAAUGGAAGCCAUGGAAAGGAAACGGGCCCGUGGUCCACCUGGGUUUCCUCAUGCCAAGCGCCAGAGAGUUACCUGA